CCCCACAUUAUAAACCCAAAUUUCAUCGUUUGCCUUCUUCUUCUUCUCCUUCAAACCGCAAAUCUCUUCAAAUCUCUCUCCAAAUCGAACAGAGGAAAACCUAAUCACACGCACGCGAAAAUCAAAAUUAGGGUUCGGGGGCUGCCAUUCGUCCUUGAAGGUUUCCCUGUGUAGUGUGUGCAUUGACCAUGAAACUCAAAGGAAAUAAAGUUCGGUUGCAGCACAAAGAGGAACCAAAGAUGAACAUGCUGGUCGAGAAUAGUUGUCUGCCGGUUGCCAACAAAAGCCGAUUCCAGAAUUCUGAUGUCAUUUCCUGUAGAACGUCGGGGAUGAAAAGGCUCUCACCUUAUUGCUCAUCACAGCUAAGAGUAAACGCUGGACACAGUCGCGAAAGGAAAGCAACAAUCAAAGAUAAUGAGUUCCUGAGGGCACCAUUGGAAAAGGUAGAUGCUGUUGCCUACCCACGAGAAAUUCUGGGUGAAAGAAACAUGCAUGCUUCCUUUGGCAAUCAUCUAGAACCUAAUGAUUCCGAUACAGAUGCAAGUUCUGUCGGUAGUUGCAGUGUUGUAGAUGAUUGUUUCAAUAGGUUGUCUAGUCGAACUUUGAGGGAUCCUAGUCAAGAUGCCAAUACUCUUUGUAGUAGCGCUGAAUCAUUCCAAGGACGUGAUGAUGAGGAGGACGUAACUUUCCCCAUUCCUCAUGAGGAGGCUGUUGCAACUAGAGUGCAUAGUUUAGAGUUGCAUGCAUAUCGCAGCAUUCUGGUGGCAUUGUAUGCUUCUGGACCCAUGAGUUGGGAACAAGAAGCCUUAUUGACGAAUCUUCGUCUUUCUCUUAACAUAUCAAAUGAUGAACAUUUGAUAGAGCUAAGGAACUUAAUUUCUUCCAGAAGAAGUCUUCAUAUUAGCUGACGGUCAGAUGCAGUACUUUUGUCUAUCUUUUAUUGGAUUUACUUCGCUGUGCAGAUGGCACCAUGAAAUUGUAAGAAAGGAAAGUACAUUGUAUGUUCCUCUGCUUCUUUUUAAUUUCUCUGCAAUGACUAUAUGGUGAGGAUAUGUAUUUAAAAGCAUCUCUUUUGACCACAAUAAAAGUGAACGCUAUUGUUCUUAUUCUGAUUA